AUGCCACAAUCCAUUGCAACCCGAGUCGAUCACGAGAUUAACGUUGACAUGAUCUCAAGUUCUCUAUCAAGCAAGGGUUAUAUGGUCAUGUCAUUGAUAUUAAGGUACACCCUACAAACUUUGGUUCCACAUGAUCAAUUAGCAAACCACAGCACUGUCACCAUAUUUUGCCCCCACGACAAUGCUUUGUACUAUUACAAGACCGGAGAUCCUUCAUUGGGGCUCCUUCAGUAUCACGUUGUGCCAUUUAAGAUUGAUAGAGAGGUUCUUGAUAUGUCUAUGCCCUACGUGUCUAAGAUUGACACUCUCCUUUCCGGCCAUUCCCUUGUGCCCACUACGCUUCCGGGUGGAGGACCUACUUCUAUCAAUGGUGUCAAGGUCAAAGAGUGGGACGUCUACAUUGAUGGCCGUGUGAUCAUUCAUGGGGUUGACGAUUUCUUCGAUCCUGCGGUCUAG